GCGGUGCCAUGACGUCACGCCCCAUGUCUGCGCCGCCUUCGCCGCUCCUGUUAGCUGCUGGCUCAGCGGCCCCAAGUGGACUCCAUUCAAGCGGACUUCCAGGUCGUAGUUGCGAGAGAAGCUGGGCGGGAGCCCCCCCCCCCCCCUCCCGCAGCUAGUGUCCACUCGCUAGCCUGCGAGCCAAGUUUGCCGCGGAGACUUGUGGUCCGUCUGGCCGGUCGACAUGGCGACGGACGUGAGCUCGCCGCCGCAGCGCUUCUUCCACAUGCCGCGCUUCCAGCACCAGGCGCCGCGCCAGGUCUUCUAUAAGCGGCCUGACUUCGCUCAGCAGCAGGCCAUGCAACAGCUCACCUUCGACGGCAAGCGCAUGAGGAAGGCCGUCAACCGCAAGACCAUCGACUACAACCCUUCCGUCAUCAGAUACCUUCAGAAUCGUCAGUGGCAACGAGACCAUCGCGACCUGCGAGCCAUCCAGCCCGACGCUGGAUGCUACAAUGACUUAGUACCUCCGAUCGGGAUGCUGAACAACCCCAUGAACGCCGUCACCACCAAGUUUGUGCGCACGUCCACCAACAAAGUCAAAUGUCCCGUCUUUGUUAUCCGGUGGACUCCUGAGGGGCGUCGGCUGGUGACGGGAGCGUCAAGCGGCGAGUUCACACUGUGGAACGGACUGACGUUCAACUUUGAGACCAUUUUACAGGCCCACGACAGUCCGGUGCGCGCCAUGACGUGGUCUCACAACGACAUGUGGAUGCUAACGGCGGACCACGGCGGCUACGUCAAGUACUGGCAGUCCAACAUGAACAACGUGAAGAUGUUCCAGGCGCACAAGGAGGCCGUGAGAGAAGCCAGUUUCUCGCCCACUGAUAGUAAGUUCGCCACCUGCUCAGAUGACGGCACCGUUCGGAUUUGGGACUUCCAGCGCUGCCAUGAGGAGCGCAUCCUUCGAGGUCACGGUGCCGAUGUGAAGUGCGUGGACUGGCACCCCACUAAAGGUCUGGUGGUGUCCGGCAGCAAAGACAGUCAGCAGCCCAUCAAAUUCUGGGACCCCAAGACCGGACAGAGUCUAGCAACCUUACACGCCCACAAGAACACAGUGAUGGAGGUGAAGUGGAACACCAACGGCAACUGGCUGCUGACAGCGUCGCGCGACCACCUGUGCAAACUCUUCGACAUCCGUAACCUGAAGGACGAGCUGCAGGUUUUCCGAGGACACAAAAAGGAAGCCACAGCGGUGGCCUGGCAUCCCAUCCACGAAGGGCUGUUUGCCAGCGGAGGCUCCGAUGGUUCUUUGCUCUUCUGGAACGCGGGGGUGGAGAAGGAAGUUGGAGGCAUGGAGAUGGCUCACGAGGGAAUGAUCUGGAGUUUGGCCUGGCACCCGCUGGGUCACAUCCUCUGCUCAGGCUCCAACGACCACACCAGUAAAUUCUGGACCAGGAAUCGUCCCGGCGACAAAAUGAGGGACCGCUACAACCUCAACCUUCUACCUGGCAUGUCGGAGGACGGCGUGGAGUACGACGACAUGGAGCCGAAUAGCAUGGCGGCCAUCCCCGGAAUGGGCAUUCCCGAGCAGCUGAAGGUCGCCAUGGAGCAGGAACAGACUCAUAAGGAGGCCGGGCCGGAGGAGAUGUCCAUCCCGGGCCUGGACUGGGGCAUGGACGAGGUGAUGGGCAAGGACAACAAGAAGGUCCCCCAAAAGAAGGUCCCCUACGCCAAACCCAUCCCAGCACAGUUCCAACAGGCCUGGGCGGAGAAUAAAGUUCCCACGAUGCCGCCUUCUGGCGACGGCCCCAAAGAGCGCAAGGCGGAGCCCAAAGUGGACGGCAAGAAGAAAAGUCAGGUGGAGCUGGAGCAGGAAAUGGCGGCGCUGCAAUACACCAACCCCAAGCUGCUGGAGCAGCAGAUGAAAAUGGAGCGCAUGAACCAGAAGAGCUCAGACGGCCCCCAGCAGGGACCGGGCCCGAUGCCCCCCUUCUCAGGCUCCGCCGGACAGCAGAACUUUCCUCCCCCCCAGUCCAACAGCAUGGGCCCCCCACCCAUGGGGCCUUCUUUCAUGCCCCCCACCCAGAUGGGCCCUUCCUCUGGGCACGGGCAGGGCAUGAUGGGCGGCCCGCCGGACAUUCAGAGACACCCGGCCCCCCUCAGGAACAUUGGCGCUCAGGGACCUCACAACAUGGGGCCCGGACCCAGAGGAAUGCCGGGUCCGCACGGGGGGAUGAUGGGGCCCCCCUCCAGAGGGAUGGGGCCCCGGGCCCCACAGGGGCCUCCGCCUCAGGGGGGCAUGAUGCCGCCUCAAGGAAACAUGAUGGGACCUCAAGGGGGCGUGAUGGGGCCCCCGCCCAGGACGCAUAAUAAUAGCUUUGGGAUGGGGGGGAUGCACGGGCCCCCGGGGAACAUGCAGGGGCCCCCCUACAUGCAGCACCAGGCUCAGACCCCGGGGCCCCCUGUACAUGGCAGGGGCCAGCAGGGCCCCAACAACAAAGACCCCCGGGGGCCGGCCCCCAACCACCACAUGGGCCCUCCGGACCGCCAAGGCCCGGGGGGGCACGAGCACUACUGGGGGGACAACCCGCACAAACCGCAGGAUGGGGGCCAGGACUUCCACGGCCGUGGGGAGGAGGCCUGGAGACCAGCGUCCGCCUUUCCGGGGGGGGCGGGACACCGGGUCGGGGGAGGUCCCCCCCGAGGAGGCGGCGCGGCCGGCGCGGCCAACUGGGGUCCCGAAGACAGGCCGCCCCGAGACUCGGGGGGAGAGUUCAGAGGGCGGCGAGACGACAGGUUCCGAGGAGGCCCGGGGCGGCCCGGAGGUCGAGGCUACCCCGAAGAUUACGCGGGCCAGGAGGAGGCCUAUGACGGCCCCGACGACGUGAGGGGCUGGGACGCCGGGGUCAGGGGCAGGCCACGUGGCGGGGUACCCCCCAGAGGAGGUCACGACGGCUACCGCGACGGACCCCCCCUCCACGACGGGACGUCCUCGGCGGGCCGCGAGCGCUCGCUGUCCUUGCAGGGGAUGGACAUGGCGUCCUUGCCGCCGCGGAAACGACCCUGGCAGGAUGGCCCGGGAACCGCCGACCACCGAGACCGAGAACGAGACGCGCCGGGCGCAGACGCAGGUGACCUUGCGUUGACGGGACUCUUCAUCGAUUCAGUCCUCAGUCAGGCCCGGGACCAUCUGGAGCAGUGGUCCUCGAACCACACAAAUGAGCAGCAUUCAAAUGCAGGACCAAAUAUUGAUGCAAACAACACUAAGGUUGUAAAAAAGGCAGAAUUUUCCAAGAAUAAAGUCAGUUUAACUUAAACUGAAAAUGAAGGCAUAAUAUUAUGAGAGAGAAAAAACAACACCCUGAGGUUUACAGUCAAAUUUGAAAUAUGAGGAGGAAAAGAAAUAUUUGAGACUUAAGAUGGAAUACUACAAGAAAUAUCAAAACGUUUUAUAACAAGAAACUACCCAAAAUAUUUUACAUGAAAAAGAAUUGAAAUUAUGAGGAAAAAAGUCAAAUAUAAGAAAGCAUUUAACUUUAUAGGAAUCAAGUCAAAAUGUUCUAUGCAAAAACGUUCGGCGAAAAAUUACUGUAAGUAAAGAUUCAAUUCAAGUAUAUUGUACAUAAAAGGUCAUUAAAUAUGAUGCCGAAAUACAUUAAUUAAUUAAUUAUUUUUUUCAUUAUUAUAAUACUGAACUUAAAAGUGAAAUCCAACUGAACUGUACUCGGGCAGUGAUUCAUUGGCGUGCCACUAGAGGGAGCCCGCGCAGCACAUCUGGAGCAGUGCUUCUCAAGUGUCGUCAUCUCGGGAUGCCGGGUUCCUCAUUUGGCCAAGUCACCAGCCACUUAUACAAUCGAGACCGUGUAUUGUUCAAAAAUUAACUUGUUAAGGACAAGAAAGAAAAUGUACACAAAUAAACUGAUAUAAAUAAAUGUUAGCAAGUACGUCUUUUGCCGCUGUGGAUCAGUUUGUAGAGCAGGUCGUCAGAUGACCAAAGGUUUGGCAGUUCGAGUAAAACGACUCUGACUGCCCGCUGCCAAAGUGUCAUUGGGCAAGAGGUGUGAACCGUAAAUUGCCUGCGGGCAAGCGCACGAACAAAAACUAAUCAGAGUAAAAUCUAAGUUGUACCGAAUACGAGCGGCACACUCUGAUAAAUCACAUUUGUGGUGCCUCUGUCGAAAUAAAUGUUAUUUCCCAAAUGAAGGUGAAGCGAAAGCUGAAAAUUUCCCGGUCCGGCAGCGUUCCACCCCCGCGACGGCGUGCCCGCGAUUUGUGAACAAGUCGGAGCACGACGCAGUGUAUCGAGAACCGACGUUAACGCAAGAUGAUGUUAUGCAGUGGCGCCAGAUGACAAUCGCUGAACUCGAGUCUGACCCGGCCGACUUUGGACCAGAUGCACCCUGGACUGGUCGCCAGUCAAAGUCAGGGCACAUAUAGAAAAUGGACUUGAUUCCAAAACUUUUAUUCACAUUUUCGGGACGGGUGUCGAAUUGAAAUCGAGUCGGAAUGUGGUAAGACGAGCGCCUCUUCUCCCCCACAGGUCGACCUCCUCAGCGCGACGACGGCGUCUACGGUCCGCCCGCGCGCGGCGCGCGGGGC